AUAUCUGCAUGCACUUUCGUCACGUCACAUGCGAUAAGUGAUGCUAGUCAUCUGUCCUUUCGUCGAGGAGCAGUCAGUGUCAUUAUAUCGUAGUAAUUUGUUAUAAUUUACUUCCGUUUACGUUUCAUAACUGAGAUCGAUGACAAGGAAUCGACAUUUUUAUAUAUAAAAUCUUUUACGUUCACCGGUAACAUGAAAUUGUGGAUUGUGAUAGCGCACAUUGUAUUAGUAGCUACUAAUCUAUGGGUUACAGCGCAUUUUCAGGAAGAAAUACCUGAAGACAAUGAAUUUGCCGAAUUUGAAGAUUUCGAGGAGGAAAAGCCAAGUCUACCCAUUGAACGUGUAUCAGAAUCGAUACAAGAAGAAGACCAGGAUUUCGAGGACGACGAGGUCUUAGUGGCAGAUGGAGACAGUGAAUUUGAUCAUUUCCAAGAUGAGGAAGAAUUUGAAGGGCUGGAUGUUGCAGGAGGCAAUGCUGGUCCAAAGACCGAUGAACCUUCCACAUUGACCAUUACAAAAGUUCCGUUACAUCUGCGGGAUAGAUGGGAUAGCUUUUAUUUAGAAAUACUAAUGAUCACUGGACUGCUGGUAUACUUUAUAAAUUACAUAGUAGGACGUUCGAGGAAUGCCCGUAUAGCCGAGCAAUGGCUAAUAGAUCAUAAGCAACUCUUGUUGGAUAAUUUCUCUCUCGUUGGUCAUUCGAGUAAAUCAAGUGAUAACGCCAACGAUAAUGAUUUAAUGAAAGAGAGCGAAUCGCAGUAUAGUUUAUAUUGCUCAGGACGUGUCGGCUGCGACUCAAUGCUCAUUGAAUUGAAAUUAAUAAAGAGGCAAGAUUUAGUCGCUGUGUUAGCUCAAUUAGUGCGUCCACAAAACGAUCAAGCUCACAUACAUAUAGAGCUCUCAAAGGACGAAAUAGACAAUUUUGUUUUAGCAGUUGCUACAAAACGAACAGCAAUGCACUUGGUGCGCGAUAUGGCUGACAUUAGUGUUUAUUGCCCAGAGAAACGACCUGGGGAAAAGUUCGGUCUUCCAUCAGGUUUCUACGUAAUGUCCGAGAUCGCAGAAACGACGUCGGCUAUCUUGGACACCAGAGUUCUGCAAACCUUCUCAAAAUUUGCAUCUUACAUAGAUUAUAUUCAUAUUAGUGACCAAUUCAGUGGACGCAAACAACAAGAAGAUACUACUCAAUUAACAAUGCCUGAAGUAAAAAGGGUAUUGUUGAUGGGCCUGAAUAUAAGUCUUAAGGGUCGCACGUGUAACGCGGAAACUCAGGAGAGACUCAAGCUUCUACUUCAACUUGCUUUUUAUUUAAUCGAUAAACUGCGACGUUUCAAGUUAUCUAAAGAGAGUAAAAAUAAGGCGGAUAAAAACAGACUCAAAGUGGAGGAAGCCUUCCUGAAGACGACGCACGCCGCAAGGGCCGAAGCCGCGGCGCAAAGACGAGAAGANNGUCGGAGAGCCGAGAAGGAGAGAAUUCUCCAAGAGGAGGAUCCUGAUAAACAAAGGAAAUGGGAAGAGAAGGAACAACGAAGGCAGGCAAAAAAACGUGCUCCUAGAAUGAAGCAACUCAAGGUGAAAGCUUUAUGACCAGUUAUGAUCAAAACUAACGAGCUGGUCGCAGAUUCUAGAGAACCAUAACAUUUACUACCGCUGAAAUACUCGCAAAGAGGAGAAUUUAUUAAAAGAUGUACUUCGUCCAAAUUAUCUACAGAUUAUGCAAAACUUAUAUCUUCAUUUAUUCACAUAUUCACUCAGCAUUCUCGCACACGAAGUAUCGAACUUAUUAAAGAAAGUACAAACGACUGUGAAUGCAAAUAUCCUGCGAAUAGUAAGUUUGUUGUGUGACAUAUACUUUAUUUGCUCUACUGCCAGCUUGUAUACUUAAAUAUCAUAGAGAUAUAUAAUAUAUAAUAUUUCUCCUGUUGAAACAAGAAUCAUAAUAAAAAUUUAGCGUCUACUAUACUCAUGCAUUAGAAAUGAUGCUAUAUCUCUUUUGAUGCUACAUACCAACAAAUUAAUAUGAUAAGAUAGCAGUGAAAUCGUUUCCCUUAAACAUUAACAUUUAAGUAAUAUUUGUAUCCAAAAGAUAUCCGUACUAACAUUUCAAGAAACUUUUUUCUCCGUAUCUGGGAUAAACAUAUUAUUAAUUUAAUAAUUGACAUUAUUUCAAUAUAAUUACAUAAUAAGUGUAUCUAAUAUCUUUUUAUGUUAUUAAGAAUCCAUCACACAAAUAUAUGGAGAGAGAGUAUUGUACUAAGAAUCAGACUUGAGCUUAUCCUAGAGUGCAUAAAGCGGAAAUAUACGUAUUAUUUAUUGUAUAUAAGAUUAAUUAAACGUCUGUUUUCCAAA